GUGAGAGCGAGCGUGUGUGCGUGCAGGGUAGAGUGAGUGAGCGGGAGACCGAGAGAGAGCGAAGGGAAAAGGAACUGUAAGCCAGUCACAGCAUCUCUUUCCCACUGCACCAGUGAUGAGGGACAGCUCCUCUCUUCAAAAGGUUCCUAUUUAUUUUCGGUAGUCGCACUAGCUUUUUCUUUUGUACUUCACUCCAGGACUGCUUUGCUGAAUGAAAUUGUUUUUUGUCUCUUCAGUUAUUCGUUUGGCGAAAGCUUAGUUCAGCUGGGGGAAUGGAAAUAAGAGGAGACGCACAGAGGACAGCACUGGAACUGGAACUGUCUUUCUCUGUACUGGUGGAGUGGUAUCUCUUUUGUUGUGGCUUGUUUUUUUGUAACAAGGAGCAGACGUACUGAGUUGAAGAAAGUCCAGACAGCCAUGCCUCCCCUAAACAAAAACACAUUUAAAUGGACCCGGGCAUGUAUAAGUAAUAAUAUAUCAAUAGUAGAAACAAGCACUUAAGAGGCGAGGCUGAUGUAAAGAGCUUUCACCCUAGGCUAUAAACAAGCGGAAUGCCGAUUGAUCCCACAUCCAUCGCAGCUGGCACCCUGAACAGAAUUUCUAAGGAGACAGUCCGAGGAGCUCUCAGACACCCAGAUGACUUCUACCGGCUCCAGUAUCUAUUGAUCCGAUUGUGUGUAAGUCUCCUGGCAACUCCUACAUUCUUUGCCUGAAAAAUCCUCUUUACAACCAGCUUUUGCCUCUCAUAACCUGGAGGACGAAAGUUUCAGAGAAGUGCGUGUAUUGGGAUUCCAGAGACCCAAAGCCUGAUCUGUGGCUACACACAUACAUACACGCUCAUAACAGGAUCCAGAUUACUAUUCGCCUCGUUUGGUUUCUCUCUGACUGGGGAACAUUGUAAACAUCAUUUCCCCCAGCGCUCUGUGGAACGAGAGCUCUGACAUUAACCACCGCAGAGAGCCCUGUGUUUUUCUAGCGUGUCUGUGUUUUGAUUCAGACAAUAGCGGGGCAUACAUGAGGUCCAGACACUGACCACGGGACGACUCACUACUCCAAAAUAAGAGGAUGCAUACUACAAGACUGAGAAACAAUUGCUACCAGUCUAACAGCGUUUUGGAACUUUAGAGGGGUCUUUGGAGGUAUAAAGCAAACACAAUGGCGAAUGUGGAUGUAAUUACUUGUGUGACUUUGGGGUUUUUUGAGCAGCUCUUUCUCUGUGACAGUAAACAAGCUAUUUGAAAGUCAAAAUUGCACCGAUACGGUAAAUGUUUUAAUACUAUUUUCUCUUGUCUAUAGUCUCAAAAUAGGAGUCACACGCUCCCUGUCUUAUUUAAUCUGCAGUAGGAUCUGCACCGGAGCGCCCUGCCUGCCUGCGUCAUGUUUCUCCCCCACAUGCUGACUACCCUGCGCCUCCUGUGCUUUUUGCCCUUGUGAGGACAGCACCUGCUCUCCGCCCCCAGUCUCCCAGUGGCAGUCCUCUUAUGAAUCAGGAGAUGUGGCCGCAGACUGUCAGGGAGAGCAAUGGGGAUCCCUGCAGCCGGGAUAAAUGCCUGGCAUAGUAUCAGCAGACCUUUUUCUGUUUUUGGAGGGAAUAUAUUUUUUAUUUUGUCAAUUACCCCACUGCCUCUAAGCAUGACUGAUCGAAAAAGUAGAGCCGAGCCGGCAGUCAUGCUUUCCUAUGGGCUGUAUUGAUUUUAGUCAGUGAGUGUUCAUUUAAUUGAGACCCAGCUAUGUGAGAGCCGAGGUGAAAGAGGAAGUGAGAGAGGCUAGUUACAGUCCAUCUGCAUCGCGGGUGGCACAGCACAAACCUGACCCACCUGGACCGAGCCCAGAACAAUGAACCAGUCCGCACUGACGACAGACCUGGUGCCCACUGCCAACAGCAGCCUUGUGGGCCCGGACCCCAACCACUCCUGUCCCCUGGGCUGGGGCCAGAACGAGGGCCUGGAGGCCUGUGUCUUGGAGACUGCAGUCAUCGUGCUGCUCACGGUGCUCAUCAUUGCCGGGAACCUGACGGUGAUCUUCGUGUUCCACUGCGCCCCCCUGCUGCACCACUACACCACCAGCUACUUCAUCCAGACCAUGGCCUACGCCGACCUGCUGGUGGGCCUCAGCUGCCUGGUGCCCACCCUGUCCCUGCUGCACUACCCGGCCGGUGUCCAGGAGCCUAUCACCUGCCAGGUCUUCAGCUACGUCAUCUCGGUGCUCAAGAGCGUCUCAAUGGCUUGUCUGGCCUGCAUCAGUGUGGAUCGCUACCUGGCCAUCACCAAACCCCUGUCCUACAACCAGCUGGUGACGCCGUGCCGGCUCCGCGGUUGCAUUGCUCUCAUCUGGGUCUACUCCAGUCUGGUGUUUCUGCCCUCCUUCUUUGGCUGGGGCAAGCCGGGCUACCACGGGGACAUCUUUGAGUGGUGCGCCCACUCCUGGCCCACCUCGGCGCUCUUCACAGGCUUUGUGGUGUGCCUACUGUACGCGCCUGCCGCCCUGGUGGUCUGCUUCACCUACUUCCACAUCUUCCGCAUCUGCCAGCAGCACAACCGGGAGAUCAGUGAGAGGCGGGCACGCUUCCCCAGCCAGGAGAUGGAGGCCGGGGAGGGUGAUGGCGGUGGCAGCAGCGGGGGGCACCACGCGGGUCAAGGGCCUGACAGGCGCUACGCCAUGGUGCUAUUCCGCAUCACCAGCGUCUUCUACAUGCUCUGGCUGCCCUACAUAAUCUAUUUCCUGUUGGAGAGCUCCCACGUGCUGGACAGUCCCGCCCUGUCCUUUGUAACCACCUGGCUGGCCAUCAGCAACAGCUUCUGCAACUGCGUCAUCUACAGCCUGUCCAACAGUGUGUUCCGCCUGGGCAUGCGCCGCCUCUCGCAGACGCUCUGCUCCUUCAGCCACUGUGCAGCCGACGACAGGGACUUUGGAGAACCCAAACCCAGGAAGAGGCCAAAGUCCUGCUCCAUCUGAGGCGUUGGAGGCUAUUGUUAGAAAAGCCACGAAUUUCAAAGGUUACGUCUUUACAAAGCUGCUUACCAUUUAUUUGACAGGGCUGUCCCAAAGAGAGAGGAUUUAGGCUCAGACGGUUUGUUUGAAGGAUUCCAAUGACUUUGCCGCAGUCAUGCCAAGCCAUGAUUUACAGGCAAACAUUAGAUUGCUGAGAGAGGCUACGUUGUUUUAAAGGUCUACUUUCUGAACAACUAAAUGGCUUUAAACCUGUGUAGUGGAGUUUAGCUGGUAAGCUGCUGUAUGUACAUCCUUAUAUAAAACAUAAUUUGACCAUGGUUCUCAGGCUUUGAUGUUCAAUUUUUUUGUUUCUCGACAGUCGGGUUAAGUGCUUGUAAAAAUACAAAGUUAGAGGUCCUCAAAAUGGAUAAACACUUUUCUCAAACAUGAAUGGUGACGUCAUGAUUUAAGCAUCUCUGAUUUCACAGUAAUGUGGACUAAAAUGGAUUGAAUUUGAAUACCAAUAUUGGUGUGCUACUAUAGGUCUGUGUUCUUGGUCGGCUGAAUUAGCAUAGACACCAUCAACAUGUAAACCCAUUUGCAUACACUCCCUUUAGGAGUUCACAUGGGGUAUGUGCGUGCAAAUGGCUGACUAUUCACUUGCUGUACAUGCUCCUUGACAAUGGUGUAAAAAACAGCAGAUGUAUAUUGCCCUUGACCUGUUAUGACAAAGGUUUGCAGAAGGUUUGUUAGCUAACAGUCUGAGUGUUCAAAGACUUUCGGUCAGCCCUAAACAGAGAGAUGAGGCACUCAAUUUGACGAGUUACUCAAUCUCCUAAAAAAACACACUGAUAGUUUAGUUAUUUCUUUUUUUUUUUAAAUCUUUGUGUCAAUGCCUCUGAAACAGUAGCUGUUUAGGAAGCAGAACGAGGGAAUGGUUCUGUCCACUAGUGCAUACUUCUCUCUCUUUAUCUUUGGUUGCUCAUUAGAGUUUAGAAAAAUCUGCUCCACUCUACAUAAGGAUCAGCAUCAUAUGUAUGACUCUGUUCCCUCUGCUUUUCCAUGCUAUGUGCAGAGACUCUUCCCUUUGUCAGGGCCUUAUUGUACAAAAUACAGUGGGGAUGUGCAGUAAAUGAAGACAUAAAGACUGCCUUUAGUUAUGUAUUAUACUGUUUGAUACAGCACAGGUGAAGUCAUUCCAAGUUUUUCUUGUACAUUCCCAGAAUGGUCAGUUUUUAUAGAUAAUGUUGAAAAAUCCAUAAAGUGCACAUUUUCAGUAAUACCCGAGACUAUUGUGAAAUCCCUCUCUAUUCUUAUGGUGUAGGUCAUUUGAAGUUAGACCUGUGUUCUUGUUGUCAGUGUAUCUUUGACCCUGUGAAAAACAAGCAACACAGCAAACUGAACCCUCGAUAUCAUGACUGUUUAUGUGCAACAUUAUGCUACUUAACCUGUGUAGUCAUUCCCCUCUUUCCAUUACAGAUUGUUCUGUAUAUGUGCCUAAACAUAUAUUUUUUGGUAAAUAUAUCAGAGAUUUACUUUCUGUUUGUCUAUACAGUUACACACUCCAAGGACACACUCCACUUUUUUGACACUGUCCUGGCUGCAUGCCAUUGCGUUUUGUAACGUGACCUUCAUUUGACGUGACUUAAGAUCCAUCAAGCUUACAUUUGCCGAUACAGUAGUACCAUCUUGUUUCAACACCUUUCAUGAGCUUAUGAUGAGGUCAGAAGCUUUUCUAUUUGUGGCAUGAUUCAUUAUCAUUUUAGGGGGCAUAUAUAAUCAUAGGGGUUCUGAAUUCUGCCACAAAGACUUAAAAACAUACCCUCCCCAAUGGUUGCUUGAUGUCUAGAAGAUGAAAUCUUCACUUUACUGUAUUUUAUUUAUUUUAUGUUGUGAAGUGCAUUUUAUUUUCUUACCAAAUGGACCAUAUACAGUGGGGUCUGAAAUUAUUGACACCCUUGAUAAAGAUGAGCAGAAAUGACUAUAAAAUAAAUAAUUGAAAUACUGAGCUAUAUUGGAUGCUCAACAGAAAUUGGGAAAUUACAUUAUUUUAUAUGACUGAGAUGGCCAUUAGAAAAUGUUGAUUUUGUGGCCAAUAUAUUUUUUGGGUGGAU